UCAAAGAUGAAAAUGAUUCAAAUUAUUCUUUUCAUUUUUGCUCUUAUCUCAUAUACCUCAAAUGCUACUUCAUCUGCCAAAGAUUUUUGUGUAGCAAACUUAUUGCUUCCCACCACCCCAUCAGGCUUUCCAUGCAAACCACCAUCACUUGUAACAGCAAACGAUUUUUCGUUCACUGGCUUAGUAGCUGGAAACACAGAAAACCGUUUUCGUCUCGGUGUAACAACUGCAUCGGUCAAUAAUUUACCAGGUCUCAACGGACUUGGUAUUUCCGCGGCAAGAAUAGAUGUUGGUUUUAAUGGAACUGUACCAAUGCAUCUUCAUCCUGAUGCUAGUGAAAUAUCAAUCAUGGUUGAAGGUCAAAUGAUUGUUGGAUUUAUCACACCAACAAAUCUUUUUGUGAAAACUGUUAAUGCUGGUGAUGUUUUUGUUUUUCCACAAGGACUGUUACAUUUUCAAGUUAACUCUGGUUCUGGAACUGCUGUUUCUUUUUCUGCUUUUACUAGCCCAGAUCCUAGCAUGCAAGUACUUGAUGAAUUAUUAUUUGCCAACAGCUUACAAACUUCCAUACUUCAAAAGGUUACUUUUCUUGAUUUUGAACAAAUUAAGAAGCUUAAGGCUGUCUUUGGUGGAACUGGCUAGGAUUUUGGUGCAAAUUAUGAAUCAUCCACUUCUAUAUGGUUUGUUUUAAAUUAUGUUAUAUAUGUAAGCAAUAUAUAUAUUAAAACUUAUGUUUGUUUUGAUUUUCUG